UUUUUAGGUUAUUCUUGGGGUUCGUUUGAUUUUAUUGUCUUUCCUGUGGAUUUGGGGGUCACAAACAGGGGGGCAGUCCCACGCAGCGCCUCCUUGCGUGGACACGCCCCGCACGCGCGCGUCCCCUUUAAAUCGCUGUCAUCUAUGGAGCAAACCGCUGACGUAACCGCGUCCAUAAACGCCCUGCGCUGAUUGGCUGGAGGUGACGUCAGCUGAGAGGUUUUUUUUUUUUCCACUCGUGAACCAUGACCUCAUCGCUUUGGUUCAGGACACUGCCCCCCGCCCCCCCACACAUGGCCGAGCUUCAGCUGAGUUAACCCGGAACGAGCUGCCAGCACGCGCCCCGGUGACCGACGGGGUUGGGGGGCCGUUUGCCGCUCGCUCGCGCGCGCUUUGAUGCCUCGUGCUGUCCCCCCUCCGUCAGCUGCUGUCUGCCAUCCCCCACCUGGACACGCGCGCGCAGACAGACACGCAGGUAAACACCCCCCCAUGAAGACGGAGCCGCCCCCCCGGCCCACACACGGAGGACAGGUGGGCACAGACCGUCCGGAUGCUCAGGAACCAUGGAUCCUUUAGGAGCUGCUCCGCUGGUCCCACUCCUCCACUGAGCUCCACACCUCCUCCUCUCUGUACCUCCUCUUCAUCGUAUUCCUGCCACCCCUCCUCAGCAUGGCGGGGGAGAAGGGGCCUCACAAGCGCAGCUCCAUGGACAUCAAGCGCCUGGCGAGCCUCAUCCAAAGAGGAACCGGCCGUCUGCUGGUGAUUGACAGCCGGACUUUCUCUGAGUUCAACGCGUCGCACGUUCAGGGCGCCGUCAACGUUUGCUGCUCCAAGCUGGUGAAGAGGCGUCUGCAGCAGGACAAGGUGUCCGUCACCGAGCUGCUGCAGCCCAACGGGAAGGUGAAGGUGGAGCUGGGCAGGAAGCAGGAAGUAGUGGUUUACGACCAGAGCUCCAAAGAAGCCGGUCAUCUGUCCAAAGAGGGAUUUCUCCACAUUCUCCUGGGAAAGCUGGAGGGAACCUUCCACAAAGUCUCCUUACUCACAGGGGGGUUUGCGGCCUUCUCGUCCUGCUUCCCCGGCCUGUGUGAGGGGAAACCUGCCACCACCCUGCCCAUGAGCCUGUCCCAGCCCUGCUUACCCGUGGCCAACGUCGGACCCACCCGCAUCCUGCCACACCUCUACCUGGGCUCCCAGAAGGAUGUCCUCAACAAGGAUCUGAUGGCGCAGAACGGAAUCACCUUUGUUCUGAACGCCAGCAACACCUGUCCCAAGCCGGACUUCAUCAGCGAGAGCCACUUCAUGCGCAUCCCGGUGAACGAUAACUACUGUGAGAAGCUGCUGCCGUGGCUAGACAAGACCAACGAAUUCAUCGACAAAGCGAAAGUUUCAAACUGCAGAGUCAUCGUUCACUGUCUGGCGGGAAUCUCGCGUUCAGCGACCAUCGCCAUCGCUUACAUCAUGAAGACGAUGGGCUUGUCGUCAGACGACGCCUACAGGUUCGUGAAGGACAGACGGCCGUCCAUUUCCCCCAACUUCAACUUCCUGGGUCAGCUGCUGGAGUUCGAGAAGGGCCUGCGGUUACUCCAAGCUCUGACCGCCGAGGACAAGUCGGCCGAGAGCAAACACUGCUCGGAGGUCAAGGGGGGGCCCGCAGGUACGGAGCUCAACGGGGACCCAUUCGGGGCGGAGCCUCACGUCCUGCCGGAAGCCAAGCUGCCGUCCCCCGCCUCCCUGCAGCAGGGCUUCAACGGGCUGCACCUGUCGGCGGAGCGGAUCCUGGACACCAACCGGCUGAAACGCUCCUUCUCCCUGGACAUCAAGUCCGUGUACUCUCCCAACAGCGGCCCCGCCCACUCUGAAGACGUCCCCAAGCUCUGCAAGCUGGACAGCCCCGGGACCUCCAACGGCGUGUGCACGCAGUCCCCCAUCCCCGACAGCCCCGGCUCCUGCGACUCCCCCUUCCCCUCGCCGGGCCGGGGGGGCAGCAUCGGCGGGUUGGGGCUCAGUGGGAGCGACGGAGUCCACCGGUCCGGUACCUCCUCGUCCAGACCGAGAAGGAAAAACAAGCACAGCGGCUCUCCGGCCCACUCCCCACCGACGCCCCCCCCUCAGUCCCUGAGCCUCCUGCUGGAGCACAGCGCCCCCGGCGGGGAGGAGACGCUGAAGGGCACGCUGCUCCUGUCGCUGCCCUCCCUCCCCACGCUGGGCUCCGGCGCCAUGUGGACCAAACACAGAGACACGGUCCAGGCCACCACGCCCGUGACUCCGGUCACCCCCACCACAGACGCCCCCUGGCACUUUGGAGCGGAGGAGGGCGGGGGGCGAGACAUGCAGCUGGGGGAGGGGACGGGAGACGAGGCGGUGCUGAGGUUCGGCAGCAGUUCGGCGUACAUGGCGUUCGGAUGCAGUGAAAGCGCGCGCCUACGAGACAAGCCAGCGGCGCCGCGGGACCACCGGGACGCCACCCCCUCAGCCGCCACCACCGCCGGCGGCUCCAGUGGCGCCGACAAGCAGUUCAAGCGGCGCAGCUGCCAGAUGGAGUUCGAGGAGAGCAUCUCCGAGAGCCGGUCCCGCGAGGAGCUGGGGAAGAUCGGGAAGCAGUCCAGCUUCUCCGGGAGCAUGGAGAUCAUCGAGGUGUCCUGACACAUGGUGCACGCCGGCCCCUGGGGACACUAACCUUCAGGGGGCGGGGCUACAGACAGUGUUAACGACCCCCACCCCCGCCGGACUCUGACAUGGAGCGGGGCGAUGCAGUCUGCUGGUACUGAAGAGGACCCCCACGACCCCCCCUUUGUUUUGACUGACUGCUCGGUCGGUGUCGUGUACUUCAGUGGGUGUACAGU